GAAUUAAUGGUCCCAGUAAUUACUACAUCUCAACACUUUGCUCAUAACUAAUUCAAACUUACUCCAGAAAGUCUCAAGAUUAAAUAAAAAAAUAUAAAACCUUUACUUUUUAUUAAUUGAAAAAUUAAUAAUAAUAUCAUUAUAUCUUUAUUAUUAAUAUUUCUACAAGUACAUACCAUAUAUAAAAUGGUCAUAAUUAUGACUAUACUUUUUAAAGGGGUGGACCGGUAAGCCAGCGGAAGGCCUCGGUCCGAUGACCAAAAGCUCCAACGGCGGGUCAUCUAAGACCCACGUUUGGAAACACUUGUCCUGUUUUCUGACGAACCUGACAAACCUACAAGUACAUAUACAGGUCUAGCUGACAUCAAUGACAUACUACUAUAUAGAAAGCCUCUUGUUAUGCAAAACAUUUCAGGCUAAUUAGGUCAGUUUUGUCCCCAGGAUGCGACCCACACCAGUCCACUAACUCCCAGGUUCCCAUUUUACUGAUGGGGAACAUAGACAACCGGUGUAAAGAAACAUGCCCAACGUUUCUAUCCUCGCCGGGAAUCGAACCCGGACCCUCACCGUGUGAAGCGAGAGCUUUAACCACUAGGCCACAGGGCCUGGUGCUCAAUAAUCAAGAAUUCAAUUGAAUUUUGAAUCAAUAAAAACAAAUAUUUAUUAACAUUCAUACUUCAACUUCAUAUGAAAACAUCUUAAAGUUACCAUUUAAGGUAGCAUUUUUUUUUCACGACGCCACUGUCUGUAAUAUAAAAAAUAAAGUUUUCUGGGACAACGCCGGGUUGUUCCAUUAGUGAGAUAUAGAACUUAACACACACAUACCCUAGCAACUGGAAGGUGUCCACUUGCCAGACUUCAAGUAAUAUUUUGGAUAAUACCUGGAGAGGACUUCGAGGAUCAACGCCUCCGCGGCCCGGUCUGAGACCAAGCCUCGUGGUGAAUCAGGGUCUGAUUAACCAGGCUGUUACUAACCAUACCACGGGCGGGGAUAGAACCCGCGAUCAGAGAGUCAUUAAACUCGUGAAUCAGGCUGUUACUGCUGGCCGCACGCAAACUGACGUAGGAACAACAGCCCGUCUGGAUUUUAGGUGUCUGUCCAGCGCCUUCUUGAAGACAGAUGCUGCCAUAGUGAAGAGCUCUGUCCCACAAGGCACAGUACUCGCACCUAUUCUGUUCCUUAUUAUCAUAUCAGACAUAGACAGAGAUGUAAACCCCAGCACUGUAUCAUCUUUUGCAGACGAUACUGGGAUCUGCAUGAGAGUGUCAUCCACUGAGGACACAGCAAAGAUCCAAGAAGAUAUAAACCAAGUUUUCUAAUGGGCAACAGAGAACAAUAUGAUGUUCAAUGAAGACAAAUUCCAACUACUCCGUUAUGGAAAACUGGAGGAGAUAAUAACUAGGACUGAAUAUACUACAAACUCCAAUCACACAAUAGAGCGGAAAAAGGAAUGUGAAGGACCUGGGUGUGGUAAUGUCCGAAGACCUCACCUUCAAGGAUCACAACAACGCCACUAUCAUAUCUGCUAGGAAAUUGAUAGGAUGGAUAAUGAGAACAUUCAAGACAAGAGAUGCUAAGCCAAUGAUGAUGCUUUUUAAAUAAUUUCUCUCUAGGCUGGAAUACUGCUGUACAUUAACAUCCCCACUCAAGGCAGGUGAAAUUGCAGAGCUAGAGAAUGUACAGAGAACUUAUACUGCACGUAUAAGUUCCAUCAAACACCUUAACUACUGGGAACGCCUGGAAGCACUUGACUUGUACUCACUAGAGCGCAGGCGAGAGAGAUAUAUCAUAAUCUACACCUGGAAGAUUCUGGAGGGACUGGUCCCUAAUAUGCACACAGCAGUCACUCCAUACGAAAGCAAAAGACUUGGCAGGCGAUGCAACAUACCCCCAGUGAGAAGUAGGGGCGUCACUGGUACACUAAGAGAAAACGCAGUAAGUGCCCGGGGCCCAAGACUGUUCAACAGCCUCCCACCAGCAAUAAGGGGCAUUACGGGAAGACGACCCCUGGUUGUCUUCAAGAGGGACCUGGACAGAUACCCAAAGACGGUGCCGGAUCAGCCAGGCUGUGGUUCGUACGUUGGAUUGCGUGCGGCCAGCAGUAACAGCGUCGAUGAUCAGGCCCUGAUCCACCGGGAGGCCUGGUCGUGGACCGGGCCGCGGCGCUUCCACCUUCAACAGACUCUUCAGCACAUCUGCUAAUUAGGGAAGGUGGACAACAAAUUUGCUUUCACAAUUAUUCAUAACAGCAAACACACACUCUAUCAUACUUAAGCUAAACCAGGAACUGCUUCCAUAAAUUAUUACACUUUUUACUUUUCAACAGAAUUCAAUGAACUGAAGCUUUAAGUCAGUAAGUUUAUUUAGGCACAGGUACACAUAAAUACAAUAAUCAUAAAUAGUGUAAAUUAAUACGAUAACCCCCAAAAAAGUCGAAGUGACUUAUUUUCAUGCGAUAACUAAAGAGACGACAAUUUACGCGACAAAAUAAAUUUUAAUAUAAUCUAAGCAAUAUUUAUUCCAUAUACAAGUUUCUUUUACACUUGCUUUCUGGAAACUCCAUUCCCCUCAGUCUUCCUCAGCUAUAAGUAAGGCGGAUUCUUAAGUCGCUGGCACUCCCCUGCCUGACGUGGGAGGGGACGGUCGUGCUGAGGAGCCAAGAAGGACGGACACGUGUGCUAUGUUUGUAAACACAAACUGGGGGAAAAAAAAAACAUACUGACAAACACCAACUCUUACAAAAUUUAAUCAACACAUUGGAUUUAGUGAUGCAGUAAAUAACAAUAUUUCUCUGGAAAUUACACAAAAUAAGAAUGUGGAGUUGUAGCAGUUCAUACAUUUCAUACCUGAUGGUGGCGCCCCUGGCUGCCAUAUGGUCGACCCUCCCACCACCAGUUGUGUCACCUUCGCCUAUAAUACAAGGUGUACCAGCCUCUGUUGCUCACAUGUUCUCACACACACACGUCACACCAUCCAGCAACACUAAACUGCUUCUUCCAACAAUAGACAACCUCACAAUCACACCAAAAACGAAAACUAAAGAAGAACGUUUAAAAAUCUUAAAUCAAAAUUCCAUCAGUGUGCUUCAGAACAGAAUUCUCGUUAAUAAGAAUGUAUCGGACGUUGUUACUGUCGCCAAAAAUGAAACCGGCGCGAAAAACAAGACAAACACCUCUAACCUCACCACCUCAACAGGAUCACAUAACGACAUACACAAAUACCAUAAUGAUAUUUAUGGAGUCAACACAGACGCUUCAUAUAGCGAUACAACGAGUGAUACCACUGAAGAUUAUUACAGCUGGAACGAUACAAUAACAGAUAUGGGUACUGAGAAUUCGACUGAUGUGUUCAAGGUUCACUCCAAGAUCUACAAGUUCCAGAUGAUUAAGGUAGGCGUGUUGUGCACCGUCAUGUCCAUCAUCAUCCUCUCCACCUGCAAGAUGAGCCUUCAGGUGUUUGCUCAGUACGCCGGCAGGGACAAGGCACCUGAUGAAUUAUGAGGUCUGCUUUAAGUGGUUCUUCCUGUAGACAAAGAAAAGUUCCUCGAGGUCGUGUUAACACGCCUUGUAGAGGCCAUCGUUGUGUGUGGGUAGAGAAACCCGUUGAAGAUGUGUGACUACUGAAGGGAAAAUGCGUCGCUGUAAUCGUGGUCACAACAAGGAACACUAGACUGCGUGCGAACUCUUCUGUGAUUCCUCCUGUAUGUGGGUUCACAAUAAAAUCUAAGUCUCGUAGAAACACACUUGAAUGUGUCUCGGACUCUAGAUGAAGCCAGAUGUUAAGUGCAACGAUUAAGCAGAAGGAAAAGUGCCUACCACUAGUCACUAUGUGACAGAAACUUCGUUAAAACCCACCGAAAGUGGUCAUGCCACUUAACCUUUCUUACCUCUCUCUCCUGUCUACCCACAACCUAUUUCACUGCUCUGUUCCACCCCAAUUCUUUCCCUUCCCCAUUCUUGCCAUCGAUCUUAUGACCUAACCAAGAAAGUGCCUCUAAUAACUCUUAAACAAUUCUCGAGACUGGUUAAGUUCCUCAGCGGAGUGUAGAUCCCCUUUCCCAGACUAUAUUCACUUUUAUGGUACUAGAUGUUGUGUAGCUAAUUAGUGAAAAUACUCCUCUCUCAAUCGCAAG